AUGGAUAUGCCUAGUGUGGAAUCUACCAGAGUUCUCGGAGGUCAAUUCGAGUUGGGAAAUAAGCUGGGAUCUGGUGGUUAUGGAACAGUUUAUAGUGGUGUCAAUAGGUUGACUGGUGAAUCUCUUGCAAUCAAAAUGCAAAAGCGCGUAAGAGGCCGCUGUGAGUUGAAGCACGAGUACAAGGUUUAUCAAGUUUUGAGCAGUGAGGUUGGCAUUCCACGAGCCUAUGCUUAUGAUGAAGAUGGUGAUGAUGUGUAUCUCGCUAUGGAUCUGCUGGGACCUAGUUUAGAAGACUUGAUGAAGGCCUGCGGUGGUUGUUUCUCCAUCAAGACCGUCGCCAUGAUUGGCAUUCAACUCAUUGCUCGUUUGGAAAGUGUGCACCGAAACAAAUACUUGUAUCGCGACAGCAAAGCGGCCAACUUUGUUAUCGGUCGAGACAGAAGCAACCCCACCAUCUACAUUCUGGACUUCGGUAUCGCCAAGUCGUACCUCAACUCUAGAACCAAGAAGCAUGUCCGCUAUCAGCCAUGUGUAGAUGUCAUUGGAACUCCGUGGUUUAUGUCUGCUCGAGCUCACAACGGAUGUGAACAAUCACGCCGUGACGAUAUGGAAUCUUUGGGAUACACGCUUAUCUAUAUGCUACGUCGUUCUUUGCCAUGGUCAGUCCUCGGAGAUCCAGAAGAUGAUGACGAGGCUGUAGACAAGCAGAUUGCCAAAAUGAAAUCGACUAUUACUAUUGAUGAGCUUUGUGCUGGGUGUCCAGCCGAGUUCAAAGAUUUCUUCUCGCAUACUGGUUCAUUGGAAUUCGAACAAGCACCAGAUUAUGAAUAUCUCAAGUCAGUGCUGUUGCAAGUAUUGGUCAAUUUGGGUGACUCAAAUGACAAUAUAUACGAUUGGAUUGCUCCUACGGCUGUUGUUGGUGCUGUGCCAUCAGCUUCACCCGAAUCGGUAGUCAAGGAUACGGACUCAGGAGAAUCAGAUUACUCGGCCGCAUCAUCAACAGCAUCAUCGGCAGAUGACAGCUCUUCUUCAUCAACAGUCCCCAGCAUCGAAAAUGCUAUAUGCGUACCUGCUACUGAGGAAACUCUGGACAAGGGACAACGCCAAGUAGUUGGAAGUGUUCAAUUGGGUACUAGCGUUAAAGGGUCGGACGACAAGUUGCUCUCUGGUGGCCUCAAGGAUAGGAUACUACGAAGAUACUUCAACCGACAUCUGAAAACGCAACCACCAUCCUCAUUAUUGGCACAGAUAUACCCUGAAGUGGGAACUGUUGGCCCAACCGCCUCAAACGCUUGCUCGGUUGGCAUCAAACGUAAACGAGAUGACAAGGAAAAACAUGGCAAAUGGAAAUGGUGGAAAGCCAUGGUCGGCUGGUUACCCUUUGGUAACAUGAAAAAUAAAAGGCAGUCUUCGUUUUAG